GUUGUUUUGAUGGUCAAGCUGUCUAUGAUAUCAUAUUGAAUUUCAGCACUUCUAUAUGUGCUUACACAAACUCUACGUCUCACUGAAGCCAUGCCAGCACCGGUGGUAUUCCAUGAUACGACGCUGUUCAGGUGAUCAGAACUUCGCAAAUUGCCAGCAGCUAGCACUCCAGGGCUGGGAAGAGAAGUCCAAUUCGUGCCCGUUCUGCUAUGGUUCUGCUUCUUCUGCCUUUGAAUAUCGAUUGAUCGGAAACGACCGCAAACCACACAUUGGUGGGCUCCCAAGGGACAGCCAGGGCAGUUUCUCUACGACAGGACUAAAUGAGAAUCAUAAUGCACAAAGAGCAGAAAAGAAUAGGGUUCUGACAGCCCGUUUAGAGAAAAUAGAAAAUGAUAUAUCCUUCGAGGGCAGCAAAUAGCGUUACUUCAACACCCAUUUAACAAGCGGUUUCGUGUUUACAAACAAUGUAAUGUUCCCAAUGGACAACUUUGAAAGUUCAACCGUAGAAUA